ACUAGAACGUACGGUGUUAUGAAGAGUUUGGAAAUUCUAACAAGCAUCAAUAAACCUUGCGAGUUGUCAACAUUAAAGCUUCUGUGCAUGUACAAACCAUCAACGACUGUCAAACACUUCAAGAAAAUACAAAAUCCUGGAACUUCAGUGAAUGUGAACAGUCAAGAUGGCAUCCAGCUUUGACUUUCUCAGCCGAAUCACAAGAGCUUUAACAAUAUCUCGAGACACAAGCAGUGACAAAACUCCGUCCAAAAUCAACCCCACAGCUCCCUGCUAUGCUGAAAUGUUGCUGCAUGGCCUGUGUGAUCUGUGGAGGGAGGCUCUGUUCUGUGAUGUAACAAUCACUGUAGCAGGGAAGAGCUUCAGGGCACAUCGACACGUGUUGUCUGCAGCCAGCCCCUACUUCCGCGCCAUGUUCUCCUCCGGGAUGCAGGAACAGAGCAGUAGUGAGAUAACAUUGCAGGACACAGAAGCAUACAUCUUUGAAACUGCCCUAAAUUUUAUUUACUCAGGUCAAGUGGAGGUGACAUCAGAGAACUGCCAGGACCUUCUGGGUGUGUGUGACAUGCUGGGGCUGGUCGAUGUUGUCAUGGCAUGCAGUGAGUUCCUCAAAACUCAGCUCCAACCAGACAACUCUCUAGGUAUCUACCUGUUUGCUGAUGCCCACCAGUGCCUGGAUGUGAGAGACGAGGCAGAAAGUUACAUUCAGGGACACUUUAUGCAAGUAUCACGAGAGGAAGAAUUUCUUACGCUGCCCAAAGACGUGCUGAUACAUUUCCUGUCCAGUGAAAAACUCAGGGUUGAACAGGAGCUUCAGGUAUUUAAUGCAGCUAUGAAGUGGAUUCACCAUGACCUUGCAGUUAGAAAGAGGCACGUGUUUGAUGUCAUGGCGCCCCGUCCGAUUUCCCAUAAUACCUCAACAGAGUCUAGAUGCGUGUAUCGACAGGUGCCAGGAUAUCAGCCUGAAGAUAGCCCUGCAGAAACUUCUUCAGGACUACAAAGUGGACCGCAAACUCUACUCAGAACUUGUGGUUACACUCGAGGAAAGGAUUCUCGUUGGAGUGACAUCGAGACGCUGGUCUCUGCGGAACGCUAUGACACUUUCCAUCAUCUGUGGCAUGGAAUACCAUGUAUGAAGAACGCUCGCAGUGGUCAUGGGGUGACUGUGCUCGACAGGAAGAUUUAUGUCAUCGGCGGCGAGAACGAUGCUCUGAUUAACGACAGUGUUGAGUGUUAUGAUCCUGCAAUAAACAAGUGGUCGACGCUGCCUAAUUUGAACUACCCUCGGUGUGGGUUGGGAGUGUGUUCGUUCAAGAAUUACCUGUUUGCUUUCGGAGGAUGGAUUGGUUCUGAGAUUGGGAACACGAUAGAAAGAUAUGACUUUCAGACAGAUGCCUGGGUGAUUAUUGGCCAGCUGGAAGUGCCCAGAUUUGCCAUGGGGGUAGUGGAACAUGAAGCAAUGAGUGGCAGAGACUCAGUGACAUGCACAUGUCCCGCGGGUAUGUCGGUCGUCGCGGCCAUCGACGACUAUAUCUAUGCAGUAGGGGGAUGGAAUGAGAACCAUGGGUCUCUUGCAUCUGUGGAAAAAUACUCCAUUGAAAAUGACAAGUGGGAGGAGGUGGCACCGAUGUCUGUGAGGAGGGCUGGUGCUGGCGUUGCCGCUGUGAAUGGUCAAAUCUAUGCAAUAGGUGGCCGGACGUACACCCUUGACCACUCUGCCCCUGCCACCCUUGACCUGAUGGAACGUUACAACCCUGAAACAGACACUUGGGUCAAGCUGACCAGCAUGACAAUAAGCAGGUGUGAAGCGGGUGUAGUGGUUGUGUGACUGAUCAUAAUCAAGCGAGAGUCACACCGCAGCAGUUGAUUGACGUGAAAUCAGGUUGUGUAUCGCCUUACAAGCAAAAUGUGAGUCAGACUGUAAUCCUGGACUGCGCUGAGAUCAUCAUCUUUGUUUUCUGACAUCACAAUACACAUAGAGAACAGAUGGCCAGUGGUUGUGUGACCGAUCACGAUUAAGUGUGAGUCACACCGCAGCAGUCGGUCGACAUGAAAUCAGGUUGUUGUUUGUCGUCUUACAAGCAAAAUGUGAGUCUCACUGUAUUUAUGGACUGCACUGAGAUCAUCAUCAUCGUCUCACAAUACACAUAGAGAACGGAUGGUCAGUGUUGUUAGUCUUGUCGACGGUGGGCACAGGUGACUCAAAGGCAACACAAUUUACCAUGCAUCGUGAUGUCCCGAGGGUAGACUAUCGAGCUUCACUCCAGUUGUUACUAGGUUGUUAGCACGAUCCCAUUCUUGUGGCUUUAACUACCUUUUCAUCCAACAUUAAGCUGACAAGCCAAGAUACUUGGGCUGCAACAAUCCACUACGAGGCAAAUAUGCUGCAGAUCACAAAUACUGGGUAAUGAAUACGAAUAUUAGGUAACAAAUAUACCAAGAAAUCAACAGCUAAUGUAUUAUUUAGUAUAUUCAGUAGAACAAUAACAAAAUACAUUAUUUGACAUGUUUU